AUGGAGCCUUCCCCGUUUAAUAGGAGACAGUGGACUUCACAGUCUUUGAGAAUCACUGCGAAAGAGCUUUCUCUGGUCAACAAGAACAAGUCAUCAGCUCUCGUGGAGAGGUUUUCCAAGUAUCAGAAAGCAGCUGAAGAAGCCACUGCUGAGAAAAAAAGGAAUAACGCAGAAAAUCUUCCCCCUCAUUUCAAAAGGGGGAAUCUGAGCGUACUAAAGAAGAAGUGGGAGAAUCCAGUGCUGGGAACGGAGUCUCGGAAGGAAACGCUACGAAACAGCUGUGCUGAGGUUAAGCACAAGGUCGCCAGCCCCGGGCUUGGAGCCGGGAGCAGCCCAGCUUCUUCCUCAGACCCGGAGCAACCCCCGGGGGCUGCCGCCGCCACCCAGACCCCUUCCAGCACCCCUGGCCAGCUGCAGUGUCCUGCUGGGGACAGCAGAAAGUCCAAAAGCCACUCAGCGGAGAGUGGUAGCAUGGAAAACUGUCUGAGAGAGUGCCGAGAAGUGGAAAAGCCUGAAGCCAUGGAAAACACGGACUCUUCGGGGAAGAUUGAGAAAUACAGCGUCCCGCUGAACAAGCUGAAGAUGAUGUUUGAAAAGGGCGAAGCGGCUCAGGCCAAG